CACAGAAAUGGUCUCCAUAACGACGACAACGGUUGCACGAGGGCGCUUAAUUUGACCGCUUUGACUGGGUGUAAUCCUGUUCAGGUGAGGCUUCAGAGAGAACGAAGUAAUUUUGUCUAAUGUUAUCCAGAAUAAAUGAGGAACAGCCGGUCAAUUUACACUCAGGUCAUUAUGACAAAGAGAGAUAAUCCCUCAGAGGGAUUAAUGCCCCCCAACAAACCUGCUAAGACGGAAAAACCUCUCCAGACUAAACCAUGAAGGUAUUUGGUCCACUGGUUUAACAGCGCUGUGCAUUGUGAUACAGGAACCAGGAAGACAAAUUAAUAAACAUUUAACAGUGAGGCCAAAGAAUUGUGUAGAAAAUUAAACAAAAGGCAGGAACAAAAAGCUUUACUUUAACAUUCAAUUAAAAGUUUAAUGAAAUUACGACUAUACUUCAUCUUCAUUAUCAUUCAGUCUUUAUUGAGGUUUUUGUCACCCUGAAGUACUUUGUAGCUAAAUCAAUAAAAGUACAUUCACAACUCGUGAAAGAAGGAACCAAUGUGUUAGCCCGCGUUUCUAUAGGGACAGCAUUGGAGGUAACACAUAAUAUUAACAUUCAAACCCGCUGUAAGCCUUCAGAACCACUGUCUCUUAAAAAACACUGACGACGUAGUGUGUGCUUCUGUUGGCUUGAUACACAUCGAAAUAAAAAUAGUCGGUCUGUAUUGUGAUGGUAAGUUGUUCGAACAUUGUGGCGCGAAGUUUUAGCGAAUAUUCAGUCUCAUGUUCUGCAAAACGAGGCCAAAUGAGUGUCAUCAGACAGGUAAGAUACCAGAAACUGCACCAAAAUAAUAGUGAGUCUUAACAGGUCUUUAUAAAAGCAACACUUAUUGUUUCCUGCUGUAUAAUCGAUAAUUAGCCAAACAUGAAUAACUGUUUUUAAUCUUUAUUCAGGAAACCUGCUGUAAGAGGAGGUGAAAAAUGUCUUCUGAGGAGGAUACUUCUCAAACUUCCUCUUCUUCCUCAUCUUCCUUGCCUCCUCCUGCCUCCCACUUCAUCGGAAGGAAGGAGGACAUAGUGAAAGCUGGGCGUGUGACCAAGCUGGUGAACGGGUGCAGAGAUGUCCUGGUCCUGUACCACCAGGGGCAGCUCUAUGCUAUGGACAUGCACUGCUACCGUAAGCCGUGUGUCUGUGGUUGAUGUCAGAAAGCUGUCAUUAUAAAGCCUGUCUUUUGUUAUCUUCUUAGAUGAACUAAAAUGAACAACCAGCUAUUUAUAACUGAUAACUGAUAUCUUCUCUCCUCAGAUUCAGGUGGUGCUCUCAAGAAUGGAGACAUUGAGGUAAUGUUGGUUACUUAUUCUAAAAACUACAAUGAACUAGAGGUGCAUCAGUGUUAUCCCACAAUGUUGUCUUUCUAAUCAGCAGGAGUUCAAUGGACUGCUGUGCAUUGUGUGUCCAUGGCAUAAGUACAAGAUCACUCUCGAGGGAGGUGAAGGACUGUACCAGGCUGUGGACGACCCUUUGGCCAAGCCCCUGAGAACACACUGGCGAUCAAAGGGUGUCAAACAGAGAAUUCACAAGGUCACCGAAGUCAACGGUGAUGUGUUUGUAACACUGAAUGAAAGUGGCGAGGCUAUCGAGUCGGAUGUCUACCAAACAGAGAAAUACAGGACUUCAUUUCUUAAGGCCAAGACAAAAAACGAGGUCAGGAAGUAGACAAACACUCACAGAUUGUUAUACCAAGGACACUUCAAGGCCUCCAGGACUUUUGGGGAUGUUAUGAUGUUUUUUUGCUUGACAUAUAUGUAUGAGUGUUUAAAUUGAAGAUUGGUAAAAAACUUACAAACAUUAAUAGAAAUUGAUGCAUUGAAAGUCUCAUUAGAAUAACUGGAUUGUCAUGAAUGUAAAAUGUUGUACAAAAAUGAUUUAAUGUUUUAUUACUGCUAGAAAAUAUGACAUUAACCAUUGUGAUAUAUCAUUUUUGUUAUUUACCAAGCACAAGUGAAUACAGUUACGCAGUUUUAUCGGUUUUCCAGUUUUCAUUUGUUUUAAAUCUUAUAAAUGGUAUUGGGCGACUUAAAAGUCACUCAGUGGGACUAAGAUUUGUGUUUUCAUUACUCUUGAGGUGAUAUUUGCCAUUUCUAAAACGAUUGACCCUGUGUGUGUGAAAAAUUAUUCCUUUUUCAGGAAUUUUCCACUAGAUGGCGCUGCACGAAAGUGAGUCAUAACUUUGUGUUUGACAUCAGGGUUGAAUGACCUUCUUCAAAGUACUUCUGUACAGUUAAGUCAAAGUGAAUUUCCUUAAAAAGCGGAAAAGACUCAAACACAGCAUCAAAUGAUAAUAAAAAAAUGUAUAAAACGAACAAAAAUCAAAUCACAUCAAAGGAACAUGAUUAAAUGCAAGGCUGUCAAACAUAACUGGAGUGAAAAAACAACACAGUGGAGUGGUUUUGAGUCUGGAUCAUCUGAUGAUUUGGCCUCUAAAUAAAGUAUGUUGGUGUAACAGCUCAGACAGGUGAGAUCAUCACAGUUUAAAGGUAAAUAUAGCAGAUUAAAAAAACAUUAUCUAAAGGAUUACCAAUGUAAGUGUCUGUAAAAUUGUAUAGGGGAGAGUGGGGUAAGAUGAGACAUUUUUCAUAUUUUGGAUCACUACAUCAAGACAAUCAUAGUUUUGUCUCUAACUAGUGUAUCUGCAUAUAAUUCAGGAUGUUGUGCAUCCCUGCAAACCAACAGAAUGAGUGUAAACAUAACUGUCUUGAUAAUAUAACAUGCCAAAAAAGUGGUCUCCUAUGGUCAACUUACCCCAUGUAUGGGGUUAGUUGACCAUAGGAGCAGGGUAAGUUGAGCCGUAUCCCUACUACCCCCCCACUCUCCACCUCAGCCCUCCCUCACCUUCUUUCUCCCUAAAUAACAGUCACUUCUUCACAUUCAUGUGUAUUUUUAUCUAUUACACACUAUUCAACAGGUACAAUAAUUCUUUUUAUUAUUAUUGCAUAUAACUGCUAAAAAACUGUUUUGUAAAAAGUCAUUUUAACAUGAGAAUGCUUUUAAGUGAUUCAGAACAUUCACAGCUGUAUUUUUUGAAAAGAAAAAGUAAAACAUUUCAACAAUCUGAACUGAAACUCUGAUCCUCUCAUCAGACUUCUUUACUUUCUCAGUUCAGCCACUGGUUCAACUUAUCCCUGAACUACUAUGACUUUAUAAGUCCUCU